CCCGGACAGGUCUCUCCAGUGAGCCCCGCAGCCAGGAGCCGGUCGCCUCCAGCCAACAUCGGCAGCAGGAGAGACGAGUGGCGAGCGCGCGGCAGCAGGAACAACAGCGGCGGCGCGAUGAUCGCGGUCCUGGCGUUGGCGAUUGCAGCAGUGGCUACCCAAGCCUCGGCCCUGCCUUUCGGCGACCGUCCACCCGCGUUUCACGUUGAUAAUAUGGUGCGAAACGGCCUGUUCGCCCGGAUGGUGCCGCUGAACCCGUUCCACGCCGACGACGCCGAGGUGCGAGAGUGGAUGAACGCCGUCGGCCCCAUCACUCACGGUCCUGUCCACCUGCGGGAGCGUCCCGGCCCGUCCAUCUACGACGACUACCACCCGCCCGACAACGUCCAGGCGGCGGCGUCGCGCACGCUCUGGUUCGAGGAGUUCCCCCACAAGCGGGCCGUGCUGAACUGGCAGCAGAAGAGGGCCAACCAGGGCCUGCCGCUCUACAAACUCGUCUCCCAGCGGCCCGGCUUCCCUUUCUACGCCGGCAAUUGAACACCGACAGCCGUCCGUCUGAAGAGGACAGACCAGUGACCGUCCUGCUGCCACCGAAAGCUGACGCUGUGAUCCAUCUUUUUUCGUCCCGGGCGUGAGGUGCCCUCGCUCUGGCGUCGUGAGCACGGCCCGUCACUGACCGCUUACCGUCCAGUGAUCGGCCAGUGACCGUCAAGUGACCGCCCAAUGACCGUCCAAUUACCAAUGAACGUGAGUGUAGCCCGCUUUGAUUGCCACGGUUCGCGCGAAGCCAAGCGACGGUGCAAACAUUUCGCUGCAACGGCAGCCAUGUUGGUUUGCGGCGCUCUGCGGCGUUUUCGUCGCCCGCCGAGUUUGACCGGCCCGAUGUGACAGCCCCUGUGUCACCCCUCCCACCAUGAGCGGGAUGUGAGUGGCGCGAGUGCACCCGUGGAAGGACACGUGUUUUAAUGUUACGUGGCGGGAGCUUUAAUACCGACGCGGGAAUCAUGUUCAGACAAAUCUGGUGCUGUGGGGUGUUCCCAUGGCAGCAUUGGAGAGAGUGUGAUCAUUGCCGAGCGAAAUAAACCGUCGGUGUUUUA